AUGAAGUCUACCACAUUCUUCUAUAUUGCCACAUCCCUCUUCGCCGUCACUGCCCUAGCAGCCCCACACCCUAACCCUGGAGCCGUCCAACCCAACCCAAAUCCAGCGGUAGAAAACGCGGACCAAACCAAAAAAGCAGCCAUCGAAGCAGCAGCCCGACCCGCCGCAGCAGCAGCAGCAGCCAGCUCCUCCGCCGCAGCCGCCCAGGGCGGCGGCGUGCCUCCCGGCAACGCAAACUCCGGCGCCACCCCCGCCGACGCCGCCAACAAAGCCCAAGAACAACAAGCCCUGAUUGCCGUAGCGAACGGCCUGCAAGCGCAAGCCGACAAGCUCAAGGACGGGUCGAAAUACGAGGUCAAGCCGGACACGAAGGGGGAAUGGGCGAUCGUGGCGUCUGCCCCAGAGGAGAGUGAUACGAUUCACGCGUCGCUGGCCAAGAAGGUGUCGGAUGCGGAGAAGAAGGCUGGUGUGUCGGCGAAUGGGAGGAAGGUUGGAACUGGAGGUGGGGCGGGCAUGAGUCAUGAUGGGGAAACGUCGGAGAAUGCGGUGACGAAUGCGGCGGUCGAGGGGGAGGCGGGGGAUACGGAGUCGACGGAUCAUUGA